CGGUGUUUUUGAAAAUUUUGUUCAAGUCACAAGUGUGUUAUGGCAGUUUUAUUUGUAAAAUUUAUUUAAUAAAUGUGAAGGAACUGUGAAAGUAGACUAUUGUUUAUUUGUUUGUCACACACAUUUAAUUCUUUUCAAAGCCGGUUUUUGCCUUUUAGUUCAAACAAAGAAUCUUUUCAACAGCAAUUUCUUAUCGUCAAACCACGGUCGUUACUUAUCGUCUAAUUUAUUGAUAAAAUAGUAUGUAUACUAUCUACCCGAUUGUAGUUCCGUUUCCUUGACCGUUUCUAUCAAAGUCAUUUUCCAUCCGUUCUAAAUAGGACGUUAUAAAAUGUCGUUGUUAAUAUAUUUAAAUCCCUUUAGUGUGUUUCGAGACUUUGUUCGUGCACCGGUCGAAAGUUUUGUUACUGACCAGUAUAUGGGGUAUAAAAAGAAAACAAAUGAAAGUAUCACCAGCGUCAAGGAAUUAAUAUAUAGAGCUGGUAUUUUAUUAGUGUUUUUCUCUGCUAUAUUAUGGAUAUCUAUAUUUAUGUAUAUAGCAUUUUAUUAUACAUAUAUGCCAAAUGUUACUCAUGUUAGGCCAGUUCACCUGCAAUUUAAGUCCUGUGAGGAUCAAAUGGGCCUCUGUUCCUAUCCUUAUGCUUAUGUUCAGCUAACAAAAGCCAGUUAUGUUUUAAUGUCAGGGCAGCCCUACAGAAUCAAGUUAGUCAUGGAUGUGCCUGAAUCACCUAGCAAUAAGGACCUAGGUAUGUUCAUGGUGUGCCUACAAAUGCGUGGAAAGGGAGGUACAUUAGUCUCCUCUUCAUGCCGUUCAGCUAUGCUUAAUUAUCGGUCGAAAUUGCACUACUAUAUCCGUACGUCGUUAUUCUCGCCGCUAUUUCUACUCGGAAUAGAUGAUGAGCGACAGGAAAUACAAGUGGAGCUGUUUAGCGACUUUCAAGAUGAUCCAAACAGCCCAGUAACUGAUGCAUACAUCGAACUGCAGUCGCGCUUUGUGCAAGUCCAUUCGUGUUCAUUGCACGUCGAGGCGCACUUUUCGGGGCUUCGAUACGCGAUGUACUAUUGGCCUCGGGCCUCCGCCCUCUGCGGAAUCUCCACGAAUUUAUUCUUUACAUCACUCGUGUUUAUAAUGAGCUGGUAUCACUUACAAGAUGACCUGCCUGAAUUUAUUAAAAAUAAAUUCAAGACAGAAGUCAAAAGUGAACCAGAUGAAAAGAAACAAGUUAGCAAAGUGAAACUUGAUAAACUCGAAGAUAUAGUUGCGUACACAGUUGGAGAAUACAAUUUGUAUCUGAAUUUCUUUAUAGAUUCAUUUCCAUUGAUCGAAGAAGAGGCUCUGGCUAUUCUAGAAGAAUAUCAAACGUUGGAGAAGAAGACGUAGACUGAAUUAUUUAUAGCUUUAAUUUUAUCCCUAAAGGGAAACUGACAUUGUUUUAGACUGAGAUUAUAAAUAUAUUUUUAAUAUGUUGAAAAGUUUAGUAAAUCGUUUUGCCGUAUACUACAUAUAAUAAGUUUCUUUUUGUGUUGCAGUAAUAUAAUAGUUUUAUAGCAAUUGUACCUGUAUACUGUUUCCAUGAUAUAAAUGUGAUUGUUUGAUUAACUGCAAUGUAAAUAAACAUAGAAAUGCUAUAUUUAAAAAGCUUUAACAAUUGUGAGCUUUAAAUAUAUUCUACUAAGCACCGUUCCUAAUAACAUAUCUAUUUAAUACAGUUAAUAUUUUAAAGAAUGUAAUUUACAAAUUACAUUUGUAUUCUAAGGGUAAGAUUUAGAAACGAGACAGCGCUAAGUUGUUAAUCAACGUUAAUCAAAAAUUAAUUGAGUUUGACAUACAGUUUGUUUUGUCUCCUUUUUAUAUGUCACCCUAAUAGUUACAGCUAUAAUCUAUGGUACUCUGAGAUAUGUCAAGUCUGUCAUACUGCAUAGAAUAAAGACUUGUGUAGGUUUGAUAUAGUUUUAUACAUACAAAAUUAAAGGUUUCAUAUAAUUAAUUAUACAAGUUAUAACUUUGCCUUUUAAUAAGAACAAAUAAGACUUUGAUUCAGAAAUAUUUUUUUUACGUAAUUAACAAAAAUAGAAAAUGAAUGAAAUUAAUUUUAUAUUAGUUUAAAUUUUAAAUAGGUACUCAAAGAGUCUUUAAUUUUUUGACAUUUAAACAAUGAAUUAGUAUUACGUAGUACAAUUUAGUAAAUAUAUAACAUAAUUUAUGAGCACUGUUAUAAGUAAUAUUUUUUUAUUUGGGGAUUAAAUUUUAAAAUGAG